AAUGAAAUAUGACAGUUUUAACGAUUGUAUUGAAAAUUGUUUAAGUAAAUCUAAGUGCAGUGGUGCUACAUUUUGGGAUGAUAAAUGCUACUUUUAUAAGAAGGUUAAUUUAAAUGAGAAUUCUGGUCUAAAGAGAACAGGCUAUGCAUAUUCUUUCUAUAUUAGAACUCGAAAGAUAAAGUGCGAGAAUCCUGAACAUGAAAAGAUAAAGGGAAAAUACUGUGCUCAAUAUUUCUUUUUAAACCAAGGAUGUACUUUUAGUAAUUUUGAAAGUGCUUAUGAGCAGUAUAGCUAUCAUUGGAAAAAUAAUCCUAUUGAAGAUAUUGAAGCUCAUGUUGAAAGUAUUAAACAAUCGACAUUCUGCAAAAAAAGAAUAAGUUCUGGAAGAAUAAAUGUUGCCCCUUUAGCGAAAAUACAUUUAUCUGGAAAUAUUACGUCAUCUCUACUUCAUCCCUAUCAUAUGAUUGAUGAUGUUUUAAUAAACAAUGAGGCAUGUUUAAAUGAUACAAUUAAUAUUAUUACACAUUAUUUAUUUAUACGUGUACAAAGUGUUACUAUUCAUGGAGCAAAUGGCUAUUCUCUCCCUCAAGUGGAAAUUGCUUUAAUUGACGAAACAGAAACGCUUAUGGAAUUAGCGAAAGAGAAUGAUAUUUCAUAUGGUAAACCUCAAAUGAACUUGCAAAACGGCUUACCCAAUUCUGCCGCUACUGGUACAUGGACUAGUCCGUAUUUUGGAAAUGAUGGAAAUUUCAACAGUUAUAUCACUGUUAUUCCUGAACAAUAUCUUACUGUUCAUCUGGUUUAUGUCUACGUUAUUAGAUCAUUUUCACUACUUUUCUAUAAUGUUGAAUAUUCAAUUUUGAUAUCUACUGAAGUUUAUGGGUCGGGCAAUAAACACUUUUGCAUUGAUGGUGCAGUUUUGGAACAGUCAUCAGUUUAUCAAAUCAAAGAGUUUUUCUGUAAAAAUUAUAUGGAAGGAGAAUAUUUCGACCUAAUCUCCUCCAAACAGUUUAGAAUUUAUGAACUUGAAAUUUACGGAAGUAGAAAAGAAUCAUCUGAAAUAAUUAAAUGGGAUUUAUUAGAUUAUUUCACUUUAAGCUCACAAACUGAUAAUGAUAUAAUAUAUAAUAAUCCUAUAAAGGCUUUUGACGGUAAAUAUCAGAAUGAGUUAAAGGAUGAUAAUUUUAAAUCUUGUAGUAGAGUACCAUUCUCAACUAUAAGUAGAUAUAAAUGGUAUGCUGUUAGAAUGAAAAAUAUAUAUUUAAUUGAAGGAUGCAUAUUAAAUUUUGGGUCAACUGAAGGCGUUCCCGAUGAAUUUGAUGUAUCAACAACAAAUGAAACCUUAGAUACAUUAACAUGGCCUUCUGUUAGUCGGACUAUAUGUAAAUAUAUAAAACCUGAAAUGCCAUAUCAAAUCUUUUGGCAUAUAACCUGCUCUACUUUGGCUUAUGCUAAUUAUUUGGUUGUUACCGACAGAGGUUCUUUGCAAACAAACUUAACACUUUGCGAAUUGACACCUUUCGGAGCGGAAAGUAAUCCUACAACUGGUAAACUGUUAAAUACUUACGAAAAAUAUUCACCAUCACACUUUGGACCAGUUUUGAAUCAGACUAUUUUUCAAUUUCAUAAUGCCAAUGAAGAGAUAUUAAAAUACUUUAGUAUUACUUUUAAUGUUGACCACUAUAGAGUAGCUAAAGUAGAACUUCAUGGAAUGAGAUAUGCUUUUAGAAGAACCAAAUUCCGUAAUGUAGAAUCAAAAGUAUUCGUCUUAACUACAUCAUUCUCAAAAUGUUCUAACGAAUGUUUAAGAAUAGAAAAUUGUAAUACAUUUGCCUAUAAUUCUGUCAAGAGGGAAUGCACCUUAUCAUCUGAAUUGUACAGUUAUAAAAAACCAAACGAAAAUAAUCCUAUAAUGCUGUCAUAUUUUCCAUUGUAA